ACAUUUAUUCUAUCUUUUCUUCUCGGAAUCAUUACUGAUCCAAAAAAUGGUAAUUUUUUUAAACAUUCAUCAGAAGAUGAUGGAAAACCAAGAUUCAGCUUAUCAAAGCUUUUAGUUGUAGCAUAUGUAAAUAAUAAAUGGGCGAUUGUAGAGCUAUCAGCUCAUAAAAUUGGGAUGAAAUGA